CGGCCUGAAGGUAAAUGUGUAACGGUCGGUCUCCCGGCCGCUCACGUGGGCCGCGGGGGCAAAGUCUCCGGGGACGCGGGAGCACGAGGCGAUGGGCGCGCUGGGCCGGGUCCUGCUGGGGCUGCAGCUGUGCGCGCUAACAAGGGCCGCCUACAAAUUCUGGGUCCCCAACACUGGCUUCGAUACUCCUGCCAACUGGAACCAGAACCGGACACCAUGCGUCGGGGGUGCUGUCCAGUUCCCGGCAGACAAGAUGGUGUCAGUCCUGGUGCGAGAAAGUCACGCCAUCUCAGCUAUGCUCCUGCCGCUGGAUGGGGAACUCGUGCUAGCCUCGGGAGCGGGAUUCAGCGCCGCAGACUCGGGCUCGGAUCCGGACUGUAGCCCAGAUGCCCCCGCGCUCUUCCGCAACCCCGACCGCUUCUCCUGGCUUGACCCUCACCUGUGGCGCUCGGAGGAGGCGCGCGGCUUCUUCUCCUUGGACGCCGAGCGCGCCUGUCGCCACGACGACGUCGUCUUCCCGCCCGACGGCGCCUUCCGCGUGGGGCUGGGCCCGGGCGCCGGCCCGCUGCGCGUUCGCAGCGUCUCUGCUCUGGGCCAGACCUUCGUGCGCGACGAGGACCUGGCCGCCUUCUUGGCGUCGCGCUCGGGCCGCCCACUUCACGGGCCGGGAGCGCUGAGCGUGGGCUCCGAGGCUUGCGCCGACCGGUCGGGCUGCGUGUGCGGCCACGCCGAGGCGCUGCCGUGGCUCUGCGCCGCCCUGCUGCAGCCCCUGGGCGGCCGCUGCCCCCAGGCCGCCUGCCGCACGGCCCUUCGGCCUGAGGGCCAGUGCUGCGACCUCUGCGGAGCCAUCGUGUCGCUGACCCACAGCGCCGCCUUUGACCUGCAGCGGUACCGGGCGCGGCUGCGGGACGCCUUCUUGGCCCUGCCACAGUACCAGGAACUGCAAGUGGCCGUGUCCAGGGUGCCGCGCCGGUCGCGGCUGCGCCAGGCCGACACGGAGAUCCAGGUGGUGCUUGCGGAGAGCGGACUCGAGACCGGCGUCGCGGGGCGGCUGGCCCGGGCCCUCGUGGCGGACGCGGCGGAGCACGGCGAGGCCCUCGGGGUCCUGUCGGCCACCCUGCGGGAGUCGGGCGCACCUGUCGGGGGCGACUCCACGGAGGGGCAGAACGCGCCCGGGUCCCGCGCGGGGCUCGCGGGCGGCGUGGUGGCCGCGGUGCUGCUGGCGCUGCUGGCGCUGCUGGGGACCGUGCUGCUGCUGUGCCGCACCGGGCGGCUCAGGUGGAGUAGGCAGGAGGACGCAGAGCCUGCCCCUGCGGGGACGCCCUCGGGCUUCAGCAACCCGGUGUUCUUCGUAGAGACCUCGGAGGAGCCGCCCCCAGUUCAGCCACCCAGCCCGACCCUGAAGUUGGACAGCAGCACAAGCCGCAGCUACUUUCUCAACCCGCUAUUCGCCACCGAGGCUGAGGCCUGACCGCGCUGGCUCCUACUUCCUACCCCUCCUGUGAGGGUACUGGGUCUCUGACUGGGGCCUCCUUAAACCUGAGAUCUUAAGUCUUUUCCAAUCCUCCCUGGAGGCCAAGGAUAGGCUGGUCUUGCCCAAUAAAGGUUUUUUUCUGCUCCUGC